AUCGUGGCUGAUGCUGAUGCAACCAAAUAUAGUUUGUUACACGCACGCAUGAUAUACACUCACGACACAAUAUCUUGACCGUUUUCUGGAUCCGUGUACAGUAAGGUAGAGACGCGGUUGCGCUCAGAUGGUGGGAGCGACACAUGUUUAAAAUAAACAGAUGUUUCUUUUGUAUUCUACCUACAACUGCAUCCUUUAACUCUUCAAGUUUCUCUUUUCUUCUUUCGUUUUCGUCUUGGAAGUAUUGUUUAUAAAUAAAAUAUUCACGGGAAAUUUUGCCGACAACGAUCGUUAUUGAGUUCUCAAGAUAAAAAAUCGAUUAACAAAUAUGGCUAGUAUGGUUAUUAACGAAGAUUAAAAUCAGUUGAUAGAAGAUAACUUUUGAGUAAUUGUUAUGGAUAAAAACUUUAGCAAUUACACAUUGGACUUUAAUUACUCGAGUAAAAGUAGAACUGAAGAUGGUAUCAAGGUUAUCAAAGACGAAAGCGACGAAGAAGAAAUAUUCUUAUUAAAAUGCUGCCAACCGCGGAUAGACGACCCGUGGUACAAAUUGUACAAAAAAUUAUCAGACAGUCAGAUAGAUUACCAGUACAAAAAAAACGCAGUGAGAUACUGGCGUUCCUGCAAGAGCCUUAGAACGAGAAAAGUAUCUGUCGUUAAGAAUGCGUUUAAGUUGGUAACCACCGAAGGUCAAUUACGAAGAUGGGAAAAAGAAAUCGUUAAGAGUAAGCGUUGCCUCGAGAAAAUGGAUAAAAUAUCUGAGAUAACUUUUAAAAAAUUUUUAAACGCUCUCGACAAAAAACAAUUCCCUAUUAGAGACCAAGAUUUACGGAGGUGGGCUCUAGCAGCUCAGAAUAUCAUUGGCUUCUAUUUUACGGUCGAAGAAUCUUGGAUUAAGGAGUUUCAAGAGUCGUAUGGAAUUGUUAAAAAGUUUAUUGACAUUCAAGAUCAACAAUGAUUUUUUUUUGGUGCUAAGCUCUUUACUUACGCGGCGUAAAUAAUUAUUUGCAAUGAUUUAAGUAGCCGAAUUAAUUCUAAAUAUAAUAAUAAUCAGGUACUGGUACACGGAAAGAACAAGAUUACACUGGAUAUAAUCCCAGAUUAUAUUCAGUGAAAAAAAUUUCAGAUAUUAGCUAGUAUAAUCCAGAUUACAAUGAGUAUAAUCCAGAUAACAAUGAGUAUAAUCCAGAUUACGAUUAGUAUAA